AUGGCUCCUUCUAUCCUGAUCGUCGGUGCCACUGGUAAUACCGGCCGGGCUGUCACUCAGACGCUGCCAAAGUUGCUUCAAUCAAGCAGCACCCUACGUGGAAACCGCAUCAUUGCUCUGACUCGCUCCUCUAGCAGCCCAGUGGCGCAACAGCUCGCCAAACUGCCUGGAGUUCAAGUUAUUGAGCAGAACUGGGUUGAGAUCACCGCCGACUGGCUCCGGGAGCACCAUGUUACGAGAGCCUUUAUCGCAUCCCACAAUGCACCUAACCAAUUUGCCGAGGAGUCGACAUUCCAUCUCAAUGCCCUCCACGCCGGCGUCAAGUACGUCGUGCGGAUCUCGACUACUGCUGCGAAUGUGCGCCCAGACUGUCCUGCCUACUAUGCACGCCAGCACUGGGCCAUCGAGGCUCUACUCGGCUCGCCCGAGUUCAACGACUUGCAAUGGACGUCCCUUCAGCCAAACAUCUUCUCGCCACUUAUCUUGUCCCCCGCUGCGGAGUUGAUUAAAAAGUAUCGCAAGACUGGAGAGCAAGACUCCCUUCGUCUGAUGCUGUCAGAGGAUGCACCUGUCGGGAUCAUCGACCCUGACGAGGUUGGUGUUAUUGCAGCUUAUCUCUUGUCGCAAGAUGACACUUCCGUGCACAAUAAGGCCAAAUACAUUCUAAAUGGGCCUGAGGACAUAACUGGAAAGCAGAUUGUCGACAUGGUCGAGAAAAAUAUUGGUGUGCCCGUCAAAGACGUCAUUUACAAAGACGUCUCUUUCAUCGACACGCUGUAUGAAUACCAGUACGCGGCAACAAAGGAAUCGAAGAACGUCAUCUACUCGAUCAAGCGGGCCCCCGAGACAGCGUGGGACGGGAAAUGCUCGGCUUCUACAACCAGCAAAGAGGUGCUGGAUCUUGCGGCCCCAAAACGGACUCCUGCUGAUGUUUUAGAGUCUUUACUAGAGGUGUGA